AUGGAGGGGGAGACAGACUGCGGGUCAACUACACCCCACACGCAGAUACAGCAGGGAAGAGCCCGUAAGAGGAAUACAGAGAGACUGAGAUUUAACAGGUCAAAGAGUCUGGCUCCGCACGCCGUGAGGUCACGGUCCAUCAACUCUGAGAGUGGUCAGGAUGGAGAAGGGGUGGAGCUAACGUCUGACGUAUUUCUCUCAGUGUCCCCACCCAAUCAGCAAACGGAAAACUUAGACACCUCUCCCACUGAGAGGGAACUAACCAAUGAGGGUUCCCUGUCUCCCGCCACCCCUCCGGCCACGCCCCGUGAGGAACAGAGGGAUGGAGAGGGGGAAGGAAGGAGAGGAGUGAAGAGGGACACUGGGAAAGAAGACAAGCUGUACAGCCACCUGAGGGACAACAUGGAGAAGAUCAAAGAGUUCUGUUCUGUGAUGGUCCAACAGAUCCCCAUACCAGAACACUGUGUCAUAGAAGGUACACUGCUAUUACCAGCUCAUCAUACCUGAUUUAAGACCAAAUCCUUCCGUGUUGAGCACUCAUAACUUAAAUAGUCAGAGAAGUACGUCAGUAAAAAGCAUUAGAGUGAGGUGGAGGUAACUGCCAAAAUAAAGGAAACACCAACAUAAACGUUUCUAUUUGAACAAACCUGGUAAAUGUAAUCGGUGGUGAUAGAGCUAUAGGUCCGGGAAUGUGUGAGAAAUAUGAGUGGAAUUAAAGUAUGAGCGCAAUAGCUAGCGGUGGUGCGAAAGGGCUGUGUUUUGAUGAAUUAACAAGUUGUAGGUGUGACGAGGGCUUGGUGACUCACUGGACAAUCAAGCAGUUCCGUGGCUUAUUACUGCAUGCUGUUGUCUCCAGUUCUGUAGGUUAUUGACGUUUUUUGCGUUGUCAUCAAAUCCAAUUGGGCUGGGGGAAUCCUAGUCCAUUGUGGAUUGAUACUACAGUUUAUUAAAUAGCAUUGGCUACAGUAACGAGUGAUAGCAACAGUAAAAAAUAAUAUAUAAUGACAUCCUGUGUUUGAGAUGUUGACAGUCAACAUUGUUGUAAUUGGCUUCAACGAGUAUAGGCCUUUGAACAUCACACUUCUCCUCAAAUAAAAAACCCAGGGCUUCCAUUAAUUGUAUUGAGUUUGUGAGGCACGUUCUCAAUAAAGCAAGAUAUAUCCUAGGCCUUCCGUUGAUAUGGACUUAUAGGACUGAACAUGUUGAAUGUGUUUGGAGGAGGGUGUCUUUGAUAACCGGACUAGAGGCGCUCUUUGGAAAUGGAGAGGGAUAAAGCCCAAAUGGAGUGUACACGGCAGGUAUGCCUAUGGGAACUGUACACGGCAGGUAU